AUGGCAGGCCCAGAGGAACAGCAGAUCCACAGGGAUCCUGCUCUCUUCUACUGGAUUCUCCUUCCCAUCACCGUAGUCAUGAUCCUCACCGGUGUAUUGCGGCACUACCUCAGCACUCUGCUCCAGACGACUCCGAAGAAGCAGGCUCUCGCCAAGAUCCGGGAGCAGCGGUCGCUGCUACGCGCACAGAACCUCCGCGGCAACCACCAGCAGAUUUCCAAGGCAUCUUUCGAGAGACGCAAAGAGGUGUUCAUCGAAGGAGUGAAGGAGGGCAAGUUUCUCGCCGACCCAGAGAACAGGGGGAAGCCAAGAGCGAACCCGAUGUCUGAUCCUGCUAUGAUGGAGGGCAUGAUGGGCAUGAUGAAGGGAAAUGUUGCCAUGAUGGUGCCUCAGAGCUUGAUCAUGGGCUGGAUCAAUGCCUUCUUUUCGGGAUACGUGAUCAUGAAACUUCCCUUUCCCUUGACACCGCAGUUCAAGCAGAUGCUGCAAGCUGGUGUUGGAACCAGAGAUCUGGACGUCAGAUGGGUGUCCAGUCUGAGUUGGUACUUCCUUACUUUGUUCGGAUUGCAGCCAGUAUACAACUUCAUCCUGGGCAACAACAAUGCUGCCUCUAUGGCGACACAGCAAAUGGCCCAGGCGCAGAUGGGCCAAAAUCCGAUGGGCGGCCAAGAAGAUCCCGACAAGAUCUUCAACAGCGAAAUUGAGAACUUGGAAGUUAUCGACCAUCGCUAUAUUCUCGAUGGUGUAGAGGAUAGACUAUUGGCUAAGCUUGGAGCCAGUGUAUAG